AUGCUGCAAGCAGCAUACACAGCAGCAAAGGAGAAAGUGGUAGACAAACUGUCAGCUGUGAAGACAGUUUGUUUGACCACAGAUUGCUGGACAUCGGCAGCAAAUGAAGGUUACAUGGCGAUGACAGGGCAUUUUGUGUCUGAAGAUUUCACCUUGCAAUCUGUGUUGUUAGGAUGUUCCCAAUUGUCUGGUGCACAUACUGCUCCGAAUCUGUCGGCAUCUCUAAUAGGCACGACAGAUAACUUCAGGCUGACAGACAAAGUUUUGCUGGUUGUGAUGGAUAAUGCACCAAAUAUUAAAAAUGCAGUAUCAAUUUUACAGUGGAAACACUUUGCGUGCUAUGCACAUACACUAAAUCUUAUUGUGCAGAAUGCACUAAAACAUUUUGUGUCAAUUCAGCAGAAAGUCAAAACUAUUGUAGCAUUCUUCAAGAGAAGCUGCAAGGCAACAGAAAGACUGCUGACAUACCAACAAAAUAAUGGGGCAGGUCACGUUAAAAAACUGGUGCAGGAGGCGCCAACAAGGUGGAACUCUACUCUGUGUAUGUUGGAGCGAAUAGUUGAAAUUAAAGAUGCAGUGAAGACUUCACUUGUUCUAUUCACAGUUGAUUUUGAACAACUGACAGACGAGGAAUGGAACAUCUGCUCAGAACUCUGCUCUGUGUUGAAGCCAUUUGCACAAGUUUCAACACAGCUUAGUGCUGAGUCAUAUCCUACUGGCAGCCAAGUUAUUGUUCUGACAAGGGGAUUAUUAUCAGUGUGUGCAGAACUUUUGAAAAGGCCAUUUAACAGUGUGACAAGGACUGUCAUUGAAGAAUUAAUAAAAGGCCUGAAGGACCGUUUCCACAAUGUAGAGAUGAGCAAAUCUAUAGGAGUAGCCACUCUACUAGAUCCACGCUUUAAAUCUCUUGUGUUUGAAAGUCGAUUUGCAGCAGAUAAUGCAAAGAAACAGCUUAUUGAACUAGUAGCACAAAAGAUGGGUGACAGAAGACUGACAAACACAGGCCAGAGCCAUGAAACUGUGUCAACUUCAACCACCACUGAUCCCUUGUCAGUAUGGGGUGUCUAUGAUGCAAUUGUAAAAUCAACACAGCCCCAGGGCACUCCUCAGUCAACUGCUAUUGCGGAAGUACAAAGUUGGCGUGAAAAUCAAUAUAUUUUCCCAAAUAUUGCUAAAGUGGUGAGGGAAAAAUUCAAUAUAGUGGCCACUUCUGUGCCAUGCGAAAGAAUAUUUUCUAAAACUGGUAUCAUUAUAAAUGAAAGGCGAACACGGCUGAAGGCGUCCAAAGUUGAAAAACUUAUAUUUCUAAAUACGAACAGUGGUAACUCGGAGCUCUUUGUUCCAGUUAUGGCUCUGAUAGUCUUCCAGCAGCAGCAAAUGUUACACAGUCCUAUAGAGGCAAACUUGAAGUAUGAGGUAAUAGUGUUUUGCAUAGAAUGGCAAACUUGA